AUGUCAAAUGCUGCUCAAACUGCUGCAUUAGCUGCUUUUAACAAGGAUUCUCUGAGAUCUGAUUCAAUUAAUUCAUCAAAACCAAAAUUACAUUUAAAUACAGCAAAAUCUCCUAGACAAAAUCACAAUUCUGUAAAAUCAUUAGAAUUUGUCAGUCCUAUCCAUACUCCACAAAUAAGGAAAGCAUCUGGUGAUAGUUUAAUGAUUGAUUAUACACCAUCUUCUGUAAUAUCCGAUGAUUAUUUUACUGAUAGAGCUGCUUAUUCGCCACAAGAAAUGAUAAAUAAUGUAAAACAAAGUAUAGGGUUAAAAUCAUUACAACAAGAUCCUUCGUUAAAAAGAUUAUCGUCAGAUUAUUCUCCACAAGAAAUGUUGAAAAAUUUAAAGAAUUCGCUACAUCAAAAAGCAUUAAAUACAGAAAGAAAAUCAAUAUCAAAUUUAAAUUUAAAUGAUAGUCAGAUUUGUUAUGAAACAUCGGAUCAUGAUGAUGAAAUGUCAAGAAUACCUAUGAAAAGAUCAAAUAGUGAAAAACCGAAAAGGAAACCUCCUCCAGGUUUAGAAUCAGCUCCAACUUUAAAAGAAAAAAUGCAACUAAAUGCAAAAUCUUCUGAUACAUUUUCAAGUGGAGGUUCAGUAAUACUAUCGGAAGAAGAAGAUGAGUUCCCACAAUUUCCUAAUUUACAAGACAAGAAGAAAAAGUCAACGAAAGGUGUAUAUUAUCAUAGUGAUGAAAAUCUACAGCCCCAAAAAACAACAACAUCAUCUUAUCAACAACAACAAACGGUACAAUUUAGAACUACAAUGAGAAAAGAUACUAGAAAAGAUAGAAAGCUGAUGUUUGAUGAAUAUAAACCAUGGAAAAGUCAUAAUGAUUUAAAUUAUCUAACUGAUUCAGAAAAGAAGAGAUACGAAGGAGUUUGGGUAAGUAAUAGAGGGACUUAUAUGAAUUUAAUAAUAACAAGAUUAACUGGAGUUAACUAUGAUCUAAAACAAGAAGAAGAAGAAGAUAAUAAACAACAAAUGGAUGAUUCAUUAAAAGCUGCUUUAUUAUCAGAACAAGAUACAGACGAUUUACAUAAUUUGAAAAAAGUUGAAAUAAAUCAAUUAAUAUUAGGAUCUAUAGUUAAAAGAAUAUGGAAAAGAAGUAAAUUACCAAAUGAUACAUUAGAACAAAUAUGGAAUCUUGUUGAUUUUAGAAAAGAUGGAACAUUGAAUAAAAAUGAAUUUUUAGUUGGAAUGUGGUUAGUUGAUCAAUGUUUAUAUGGUAGAAAAUUACCGAAAAAAGUGGAUAAUAUAGUAUGGGAUAACUUAGGCGGUAUAGGAGUCCAUAUAAAGAAGAGGUAG